UCUCCUCAGAUCACCUCACCACAGCUGCUGGUGUGAUAGAAGGAAAGACAAAUCACAGAGAUGUCUGUCCUGCAGGAAAUCAGCCAAAACGUUAGGAGCAUAAAGCAGUUAGAGUAUGCGGUCCUGGCCAGACGAGCAAACCAGAUCCAGAAAGAACUCAGUCAGGGAGUGAGAAAGCCCUACAAAGAACUGAUUGAUGUCUGCUGGGGUGAUCCACACAGCAUGGAUGUGAAGCCUCUGACAUUUGUCAGACAAGUUCUUGCAGCAUGUGUUUACCCUGAGCUUAUGAGCAGCCACAAACUACCCCUGGAUGUCAGACAGAGGGCUCAGUGGCUACUUGGGAGAUGUGACGGAGGGAGUGUAGGUUCAUAUCUUGCUCCAACGGGUAUCCCAGAAAUAGUCCAGAGAAUGUCUGAAUCCAUAAGAAGUCGCGAUGGUGGGGUUCCAUGUAACCCUGACAAUAUAUUCAUCAGCCCUGGAUCGCAGUGGUCACUCACGAACAUCAUCCAGGUCUUAGUGAACAAUGAGGCUCCACUCAGAACAGGUAUACUAACUCCAGUGCCAUGCCAUGUGACCACCAUUAUGUCCAUAAAGUCGCUGGGAGCAGCUGUCAUCCCCUACUUCCUCAGUGAGGAGCACGGAUGGGCCUUGCAGGUAGAGGAGCUACAGCGAGCGCUGGAAUCUGCAAAGGGAGGCUGUAACCCGGUUGCUCUGUAUGUCAUCAACCCUGGAAACCCAGCAGGUUAUGUUCAAAGCAGAAAAUCCAUACAAGAGGUGAUCCAGUUUGCUUCAGAGAAAAGACUCUUCCUUCUGGCUGAUGAGGUCUAUCAGGACUGUGUUUAUGGGAAAAACAGUGAGUUUGUCUCGUACAAAAGGGUUCUGGCUGAGAUGGGGCCUCCUUUUUCAGACACAGUGGAGCUGGCAUCCUUCCACUCAGUAUCCAAAGGCUUCAUGGGAGAGUGUGGGCUGCGUGGUGGAUAUGUUGAGCUUGUAAAUCUGGACCCCAAUGUUGUGAAAUAUAUCUUCAAUCUAAUCUGCAAAGACAGCACUACGCCUGUGUUGGCUCAUUUCGCCAUGGAUCUGAUGAUGAACCCUCCACGGCCAGGAGACCCGUCAUACCCCCUCUAUAAUCAGCAGACACAAGACAUCAAGAACAUGCUGGUUCAAAAUGUGAAGACAGCCCACGAGGUUGUCAACAGCCUGCCAGGUUUCAGCUGCCAACCAGUGGAAGGAGGAGCUUUUGUGUUUCCAAGAGUGUUUCUCCCACCUAGAGCCAUUCAAAAAGCCAAAGAAGAAGGAAUGCAACCAGAUACAUUCUACUGUAUGAGACUUCUAGAGGAGAUGGGAGUUUUAGUCAGUCCUGGUUGUGAGUACGGACAAAAAGAGGGCACCUACCACAUCAGAUUUUGCAUUAUGGCAUCUCAGGACAUCAUAGAUCAAGUACUGAAACGUCUGACUACCUUUCACACCAAGUUUAUGAAGGAUUUUUCCUAAACAAACGGAAAUGUUCCUGGUUUCUGCUCUCACUUUCAUUUUUUCACAGUUCACUGAUUCAGUGCAAGUAACAAAACAAUCAAACCGUUUUUCUCAUUUUGGCAUGUUAGUGUUUAAUGCGAUAAAUAUAUUAUUUUCUGCAUACGGUCUAUUUCAGUGCCCUUUGGCCAAUCAUCCUUGUUCUUUACUCAUUUGAGUAACAUCCAACUUCUGCUUUUCAGAAAGCAAUGAUAUACAAUCUAAAGUCAACAAUCCAAAUGGAUUUUACAUGGAGUUCAUUCAUCAUUUACCUAAAAAAAAAAAACAAUGGCGGCCCACCGCGUAUUCCUGCUCCUCAAAGACUUCCAAAUAAUUCAGAGCAUUCACAGCUGACUCCAAUACUCCCAACAUCUUAUACAAGAAAUCUUUAUCUUCUUUGGUUCCUCUGUACCAGCUAACACAUCCAUCAUGAACAUGAAGAAGACACUCAUCACGAUUAAUCCACCUCAUAGUCGCUGUUGUGAUUCUGAGCAAAAGGGUUUGACUCUGUAUUGUUGAGCAGCUCCACCAGUAAGGAGAUGAGGUUUCCGUCUUGAUAAGAGUUUGUGCUUGUGUUGCUGGGAUUGUUCAGGUUUCGGUAGAGCAUGGUCUGAAUGGAAGUGCGGAGCUCCCACAGCAGCUCCCACGUCUCAACUGACAGCUCACAGCGAACCAGAGAGCGUCCAGGAAAUGAUACUUCCACUCUGUUUCCAUUUACUGGGACAUAAAAAGGAGCAGAGUAAUGUAAUAAGUAUAUAUAAUAAAAGGAAGUGCAAAAGUAUUUUUACACUAACAUAGAAGAAGUCAUUUUUCUCUGGUUGGAAAAACAACUGAACCAAAAUCAGCAUUGUAGGUAAGAUUAAGGAGGACAAGUAAUCAUUCAGUGCCACAGCCUAAAACAGCAAAAGAAACACAUGCAGAAAUGGCAAAAGUGGACAGAAACUCAUUGUAAUUUUGAAUAUUUCUUGGACGAAGGCUUGAGGUUGAAUUAGCGCAAAUCUCUGACACAAAUGUGGAGUAGUAUAGAUAGUGUAGGAGUCUGAUUUUAGCACGGUGGAAAAAUAUGCGGAAUUAAAAUACAGUACAUACAUUGGUUUUGAUAUUUUAAUAAAUUGCUAAUUUGUCAAAUAGUGGACAUGGCAAAACUGGUGGGAUGCUCCUCUAAAAGGCAAAAUAUCACCCCAGCAGAAAACAGUCAACAUGGUCAUGAUUUUAGACCGAACAUAGAAGUGAACAAAAUAAUCGUCUUGUUCGAUGACCAGGCUAAGGGUUAAGUAAGGGUGUCCUUCAUUUCUGCACACACUUUCAACCAUUAAUGAACACUGCAGUUCCUGUGCUACUAAACUGUUCUUCAUAGUCCUACCUGUCUCUGUGAUAUCACAAUCUGUGAGUAGCAGCAGGGCAAGUGGAUGCACAGUAGAGGAGUCUCUGAUGAAGACAUUCCCGUUAGACUUGACUGCACUGAAGAAGGUCAACCAACGACUAGGGAGAGGCUCUUUUCCUCUUCAACAGAGAGAAAAACAUAAAGUUAACAUGAAUAUUUUGUAAGGAAAUGCUCACUUUUUGAGAGUGUUCAAACCUGUUCACAGAGGAGCGGUGAAGCAGCACUGACCCACUCAGUGUGCGGAAAGACAAAUUGUUGGGACGAAAGCGUCCUCCUUUGGUCACAACACCUUUUUUUACCUGGAAACAAAGGAGGUGAAUUCAUGUUAAGCUGGAAUGUAACCUCACAAUGCAGCGUUUGCAGCAAUAAGGAUGUACAGUAGAAGCAUUAGGCAAGACCAACCACAAUGAAAAAUUGAAAUUAAUAUUAGUAAAUGCUAAUUUACAACAGAUGAACAAUGUCGUAAAUCACAAGGAUAUAGUUGAACAACUACAGAAAUACUUUUCCAUGUCAGCCCAUGCAGAAAUAAUUGCCCGUUCUUUCAAGGAGCACAGCAGGAAGCAGACCGUACAAAGCCACUCUGCGAAGCUGCCAUUUACCUGAAUGAGGUUGGGAUACAGUCCAGCCAGCAGCACAGCUUUAAGCAGCUCAUCCUGGUGGCUGUGCUCAUUGUAGAGAGAAGUGGAACGCUGGCACUCAUUAGCACGAGAAACCAGGCCUGCUUCGUGCAGGUUGUCACUAAACUGAGAGAUGAGGCCUGUAACAGGGCGAAACGAGAAAAGGAAACAUUUUGUGAAUGUUGCAUGUUAACAAAAAGAGCAGGCAGUGUUCAUUCCUAAAAGUGAACUAGGCUAAUGUUUAAAUAGGCCUGUGAUUCAAACUAACCAUUGAUGAAGCGAAGGCUGCCUUUGGACAGAGUGUAUCUGUCCAGAAAUUCAUCUCUGUCCUCUCUGUCGCCAUCCUGCUGAACCUUCCUCCAGCCCAGAACAGCUCUGCUGAACACCAGAUAGUCACUGUAGCCAGAGCCGCUCAGAGCCUCUUUUGCCUGGACAAACACAAUACAGAUGAUUGAAUACUGACGAAAUAAUGUAUUCCAUUUAAUUCAAAUGUAUUUUUUCUUUAAAUUGUGUGGAAAAAUAAAACUGUAAAGACAAGAAAUGAA